GAUGUUCCACUGACUGUAACCCUGCCUGUACUGUAACCUGGUGGAAUACAUCCACACAGAGGCUGGUUACAGGACACAGGGAGGCUGUGUUGUAUGUUCCAGCUGUAGACAGAUCAGGACAGUACAUCUGUCACGUCAACAACACACAUGGGAAUAAGUCGAGGAAUCUGAAGCUUGAUAAACCAAAUGAAGAACAUCUCGUCCCCAUGAGCUUGGCUACAGCUGCUGUGUUUUCUGUCAUCACCGUUGUCGUUGCUGUCGCUAUCGCAAUCCGUCUUCACAGACAUAGAGCCAAGAAAAGAGAACAUCCGUGCAGUGCUGAAGCUGACAAUGAAGAACAGGCCCAGCAAGACCCAAGCCAUCUGUACUCCAAGGUGACCAAGAGGAGACGGGAGAGACGUGAAGAUGUGUACUCGCCAGUCCAGUUCAUGAACCUCAUGCAUGGUGAACAGCAUUCGAGUGAGAGAGAGGCUCUGAUCAACAACUCUGGAGAACGGAAUGCCGAUGGUCUUAUCUACGCUGACCUUGACCUUGUGGAACCUCCCCUGGUUGACGGUACGUUCGUCGUACACAGGAAGGAGGAGCCUGUGGUGUAUGAGGAGAUAGACUUCUCCCUCACCCCCGGGCCACAGCUGCCGGACAAACUCUGGGAGGUUGAGGAAGGGCAGAACUUCUGCGAAUGAAGAUCCACUCGAAAAUUAAACAGGUUUUGUUUUCAUGGUUAAGAUGUACUGGAAUAAUGUACAUUACCUUGAAAAGAGUAGUUAGACUAAACACAAAACUAAACAGGUAAAAUCUUUUUUAUUUUCGGAACAAUGGAGGUCAGACGAGAGUUAUAUCUAACAUGAUCCUGUGUAGAAGACAAACCUGCACAUUUUGGCCAUCAAACUGGUUCCCCAUUCACAACCAGGUGGAAAUGAAGACCUACUGAUUAAAGCUUAACAAAUCUGGUUCAUGGAUUCGACUGAAAUCCUCGGACUCUUUGCUGAUUUAGUAAUAUCGUACGGACAGUACGUUUGUGACCACGGUUUAUGGGUACUACUACAGGCAUGGAGGAUUCCAGUAAGUUUACCUUUCUCUACUACUGUAAGAAUAUUCACACGCAUUAUCAGGGUUUCCUCUAAAAAAAUCUUCAUCUGCCAGCGUUAUGUGGAACGGUAUCCACAAAUAAUAUCUCUAAUAUAUGAUUAUUUUAUAAAUGAAAUAUAUAUAUAUAUAUCGAAAAUUAUCAACUGCGCCUUCAACUGGCACGAUUACCGUUGGUGCUUUCACUGUCAUAGGACCAUUCAAAACUCAGGGUCCACAACACUGGUUCCACUGUAUUCAAGGUUGAGUUCGUGCAGCCCUAUUUAUGCUGCUUGGAAGGCAAACUUGCAUUUUAUAAAUGGCUGCUUAAUCUCAGCGACACAAUGUAUUUUGACUCACAGUUGUUAACGGUAUGAAUUCGGUCAAAAGUUAAUAUAGUUGUGAAUAAAACAUAAAACAGGUAUUUUAGUAGUGAAAGGACCCUUGCUAAGAGAUGUACACAUGAAGUAUUAGCAUUUAUUAACCACGUGGUCA